UAAAGCGAGCCUUGGGAUCGAGCCAAGGCAGAGAGAGAGAGACAAACUAGAGGGGAGGAGAGAGAAGCCUCCCUGCGUCGCAGAGCAACCCGAGAGCUGCCUGCCAAGCGACUAUGAAACGACUGGGGAUCCUUACGGCCGUCCAUACAGCCCAGGUGUUGAAUCGCAGCGCGACUACGACUACGACUACUACUACUACGAUAAAGAGUACGACUGCGUCGACUUCUACUACUGCCAGUGCUGACGCUGGUGCUAGUCAGACUCAGACCACCACUAGUACUACUGGGAUACCGUCGGUGCUACUGUCGAAUGUCGUCGCGGCUCAUCAAGACAGAGGCGGCCGGGAUCUCAUCUACAACAACAUGUCGAGCAAUAUACGCAACGGAGGCGGUGGCCGAUUCGAGAGCGAUCUACACGGCAACGUCAACAUAUUGCUCGGCGGGGCCAUGCUCGGAGGAGUGAUAAUGAUCGUGUUCUUCGUCUGCUACUGCUGCCACAAGAGCAUAAGGAAGAAUCGGCCGAGCGAGUACUCGCAGUACUGGCGCACCGAGCCCGACAUCAACAGCCUCGAGGUCUACACCAUGGAUUCGCACUCGAUGUGCUUCGACCGUAACGCGAUAUCGUUGGGCCACCAAAUCGUGCCGGAGGAGCUUCAUCAUCAUCAUCAUCAUCAUCAAAGCGCCGCGGCAACUGCAGCCAACAGCCUGUCCAACAGUCUGCCCGCUCGUCCUUUGACACCGGGACCGCCGCCGGCUUACGAGAGUCUGAUUUUCAAGCCGGGGGGCGCCGCCUCCGCCGCCACCACCGCCUCGUCGCCCUCCGACAAGAAACCCGAGCCGGCCUCUUUGUCGCCGCUCAGCUGUAUUCUGCCAGUGCCCGACGACGAGCAGCAGCAGCAGCAGCAGCAGCAACAAGAGCAGCAACAAGAGCAGCAACAGCAGCAGCAUCAGCAUCAGCACCACAGUAGCAGUCUCAAAGAGGUGGAGAGCCGAAGAGAAGACGAGGGAUUGCCCACGUACGAGGCUGCGCUCAAGCUCGAGGCGCACGGCUACGUUUAAUGCGAUACCUCGAAUGCUGCGAUACUCGUGGAAGCAACAAAAACGACAACAGCAACCACAAAAACUUUGACCAUUAAACCAAUGAGCUAAAACUAAAAGUGAACAUUUAAACUAUUCGUCGCUUGGCCUAAACGUCGACUUUAUACGUGUUUAAACGAUUACAACAACAACAAAAGAAACUUGUAAAUAUAACUCUAUGGAUCAAUAUCUCGUUUAUUUAUUUCUAAAUAAUAUAUUCAUCUAUUACGACGUAAGAUAAGGUUUCAAAGUAAGCAAUAAGCUUUGAUUGUUAAUUCUAAUCUUCUGAUCAUUUGUUUUUCAAUAAUAAUAAUGGGCAGAAACAUAGUAGCGAAUUUUUAAUCGAUUCGUUUGUUAAAUUACA